AUGGCUCCACUUAUUGCCUUCGUGAGAGUUCUGAGAGAAUUAAAUGAGAGCCUGUCUCUGCUGGACUUUGGGUGCAUUAACAUCACUGUUCCUCCGAUGCUGGCGUGUCUCCUGGCCCACCAAUGCAGAGUCCCCUAUGCUACCUUCAUUUCACAGCUGUUCUUCUUUUUCCACCUCCUGGCUGAUGUGGACUGUCACCUCUUGACAGCCAUGUCCUAUGACCGCUACCUGGCCAUCUGCCAGCCACUCCCCUACAGCCCCCGCAUGAGCCGUGAAGUCCAGGGUGCCCUGGUGGGCAUUUGCUACACCAUCUCCUUCAUCAAUGCCCUGACUCAUACCGUGGCUGUGUCCAUGCUCGAAUUCUGCGGCCCUAACGUGCUCAACCACUUCUACUGCGGCCUCCCACCCCUUUUCCAGCUCUCUUGCUCCAGCAUUCACCUCAACAGACAAUUGCUUUUUGGUGGCGCCCCCUUCAGGGGGGUGAUCCCCAUGAUUCUCAUCUCGCUGUCCUAUGCCCACAUUGCAGCUGCAGUUCUACGAAUCCGCUCCGCUGGUGGGAGGAGAAAAGUCUCCACAUGUGGCUCCCACCUCACCGUGGUCUGUAUCUUUUAUGGAACUGGCUUCUUCCGCUGCCUGCGCCUCGGCUCAGUCUCGGCCUCAGACAAGGACAAGGGGAUUGGCAUUCUCCACACUGUCCUCAGCCCCAUGCUGAACCCACUCAUCUACAGCCUCCGGAACCCCGAUGUGCAGGGCGCCCUGAAGAGAGUGCUGACGGGAAAGAGGCCCCGCCCCAGUGAGAAGGCGGAGGCACCAAGACACCCCUCCCUCCUUGAGGCCCACCCCCGACUCUUUUAUGCUGGAGGCCUGGAUGUGGGCGGGGAAACUUCAGGGCUGGGUUGA